AUGGAGAUUCUCAAUGCUACGGACCCCAACGCGGAGGCAAACUUCAAUGUAAGGGACAUGAUGAUGAAGAGGGUGAGAGCCAUCCCCGAUCUCCUAAUGGAACGAACCGUGAGAAGCUGCAAACUUUCAAGCCUAGCCCUUACGACUUAUUCUUUAGUUUCUCUUGCAUGUCAGCCGAAAGCCAGAAGGAAUAUCUUGACUAAAGGGAUUUGCUUGAGACAAAGAAAGCUCAAUAUCGCGAUCGUGAAGUCAAUCAUGAUCGUGAUCGGGAAGUCGAUCAGUCUGAAGUUCGCCCUAAUGCAGAUGAGCAUGCUGGAGAAAAAGCUGGAAGUCUGCCUAACAGGCCUUGAGCGUGAGCAAGGUCCAGGACUUCUUGACCUAGCCAUGACAACUAACACCCUACCAUUCACUAGGGACAUCAUUGAAUUCAAGCUCCCAAAGGAUUUCAAACAACCCAUGAUGCAACUCUAUGAUGGGACCACCGAUCUAGUGGACUUCCUGAACAACUUCAGUUACUGGAUGAACGUGAAGAAUGCCAGGGAUACCAUGAAAUGUCGAGCUUUUCCUCUGCUAUUAGAAGUAUCAGCUAAGGAUUGGUUCAAGUCCUUAAAGUCGGACUCUAUCAACUCAUUUGACCUAUUCAAACAGAGUUUCGUGAACCAAUUUCUAUUUGCCUCAAAAAAAAGAUACCCACCUAACUACCUCCUCAGCAUCAGGCAUGGUCAUAAGGAGAAGUUGCCAGACUACAUCAACCAUUUCAAUCGAGAAAGUUAUGAGGAUCUGGUGUCCAAGGCAUAUCGUCAUGCCAUAGUUGAGGAGAUGACAUAUGAUACACUAGAAGGGAAGGAUCCGUCGCAGUCUGGUGUAGGAGAUAAAUGGAGAGAAGAUCAUAAUGAUGUACACGAAAAGCCAGACUACAAGAAAGGAAGAUUUGAGAAUUCUAGACGAGGUGGUCCUCUCAGCUCAGACUCUUAUGAUAUGCUCCAACUUCCAACCCCGAAUGGAAGGUUUGACCCACCUAUCUGCAAAACCCCAUAUACACCGUGUAUUAGACCGUCAACCAAUCAUACAAAGGUGCACUAA